AUGGUUGAGAUCGCAAACCAUGUCCUGAGGAGUUCGACCGCAAGCUUCGUCCGCUUAGCUCGACACCAUGCUUCCCGUCGCCUCGCAUGGCGCUUACACGUUCGGUGGCAAUCUGCCAUCGCUUCAGAUGCCUCCAAGACCGAAGGCAUUCGGGGAUUACAGCAGACCCUGGCUAGUAUGAACAUGCGCCCGUCUAGAUGCCUGCCAGGCCAUUCGCUGAUAUCUACAGUCCCAUCGCAACCGCGUUUCAACGACAUUGGGGUGCAGCACCUCAGCGCCCAUGUAUAUAAACAGCUAUUCCCCGAUGGAAACGCCCCGCCGCCUCCAGAACUUGUUGAGCUAUCCAAGGACCACUUGCGCCGACACGACCUGCUCGGCAAGAACACGGACAACAGCGAGCCCAUCGCCUUCGAUCUACCUGAGCUUCAAGGACGAACACUAGACGAGCACUUCCACAAGCUGGCCGUCGAUUGUGCCGAGCCAUACCUUUCUUUUGCGAAACAGUUUGCGCGGGCGAGUGCACCUCCGAAGCCGCGAAAAUGGAUUCAUCAGAGUGGCUGGACUAAGUACUACCCCGAUGGCCGAACCGAGGCAGUCGAUGCGCCCGAUGAAAAGAUGCUCUGUUUUGAUACCGAAGUUAUGUGGAAGGAGAGUUCGUUUGCCGUCAUGGCUUGUGCCUCGAGCCCGACGGCAUGGUAUGCCUGGCUGUCCCCUUGGCUCUUGGGCGAGACCAAGUCUGAUCGGCAUCUGAUACCACUGGGCGACCCGACCAAGGAGCGUAUAAUAGUGGGACACAAUGUUGGGUAUGACAGGGCGAGGAUAUUGGAAGAGUACGACGUGAAACAGACUCGCAACUCUUUUCUGGAUACCAUGUCGCUUCACGUGGCUGUGAAUGGCAUGUGCUCGCAGCAGAGACCGACGUGGAUGAAGCACAAAAAGAGUAGGGAACUACGAGAUAAAAUCGCGAGCGAAACAGACGACGUGCAGCUCGCGGAGCUCUUAGGCAACACCGCACUGCGGCAAGAGGAGGAGGAGCUGUGGGUGGAACGAAGCUCGGUCAACUCGCUCCGCGAUGUGGCCAAAUUUCAUCUCGACGUCACUAUUGACAAGGCCGUUCGCGACGAAUUCGGCUCCCUCGACCGGGAUGGCGUGCUGAGCAAGUUGGACAACCUACUCGACUACUGUGCUGCGGAUGUGGCAAUCACUCACAGGGUAUAUCAGAUUGUGUUUCCCAACUUCUUGGACACCUGCCCCCAUCCCGUCAGCUUCGCGGCGUUGCGACACCUUUCAUCCGUCAUUCUGCCCGUCAACAAGACGUGGGACGCCUAUAUCCACAACGCCGAGGCCACCUAUCGAGAGCUCUCUGAUGCCGUACAGGAGCGUCUGAUCGGGCUUACCGAGCAGGCUCUCCUCAUCAAAGACGACCCCGGAAAAUGGAGCAACGAUCCAUGGCUGAAGCAGCUGGACUGGUCUGGCCAGGAAAUCAAGAUGGUCAAGGGGAAAAAGAAAAAUGACCCCCCCCGACCAGCCGCGAGACAGAAGAAGCCAGGCAUGCCACAGUGGUACAAAGACCUGUUCCCAAAGAACGAUGCGCCCAUGGCCAUCUCCGUACGAACCCGCAUCGCGCCUAUCCUGCUCAAGCUCGCGUGGGAUAAUCACCCGCUAUUCUGGUCGGACAAGUACGGCUGGACGUUCAGAGUGGCGUAUAGCGAAGCGACGGCCUACGAGCAAAAGCAAAUGAUCGAAUGCGACUUCUCUGAUUCAGAGAGCGACGCGGCACUGCUCAAGGAAGAAGGCAUCUUUUUUAAACUGCCCCACAAGGACGGACCCACGGCACGGUGUGUUAACCCGAUGGCCAAGAGCUACUUGGCUUACUUUGAGAAGGGCACGUUGUCGUCAGAGUAUGCGUACGCCAAGGAGGCCCUGGAGAUGAAUGCGUCGUGUUCGUACUGGAUCAGUGCUCGUGACCGCAUAAGGUCACAAAUGGUGGUGUACGAAGACGACCUGCCAGCCGAGGGCAAGAAGACGAGUUCCAAGAAGAAGAGUCCCGAGGACAUUCAGGGCUAUAUUUUACCCCAGGUGAUACCCAUGGGCACUAUUACGAGACGAGCUGUUGAGAACACGUGGCUCACGGCGAGUAACGCAAAGAAAAACAGAGUCGGAUCGGAGCUCAAGUCGAUGGUGAAGGCACCGCCGGGCUACUGCUUCGUCGGGGCUGACGUUGACUCGGAAGAGCUGUGGAUUGCGAGUCUGGUCGGAGACGCAACGUUCAGACUGCACGGUGGUAACGCUAUUGGAUUCAUGACUCUAGAGGGCACAAAGGCCGCUGGCACAGAUCUCCACUCGCGGACGGCAGGCAUCCUCGGCAUCACGAGGAACGACGCCAAAGUCUUCAACUAUGGUCGCAUCUAUGGUGCAGGCCUCAAGUUUGCCGGCCAGCUGUUGAGGCAGUUCAACCCGAACCUGUCUGAGCAGGAGACGAACGCGACUGCGUCCAAGCUGUACGCCACGACAAAGGGCACCAAAACCAAUAGAUCCGUACUCAGCAAGCGGCCGUUCUGGCGUGGCGGGACCGAGUCGUUCUUGUUCAACAAGCUGGAAGAGUUUGCCGCCCAGGAGCGACCGCGGACAUUUGUUCUGGGGGCCGGCAUUACGGAGGCGUUGAUGCGCAGAUUCAUCAAUCAAAACGGGUACCUGACGUCGCGCAUCAAUUGGGCCGUUCAGUCAUCUGGUGUCGACUACCUCCACCUCCUCAUCGUCAGCAUGGACUACCUCACUAGACGGUUCAACAUUGACGCCCGUCUCGCCAUCACCGUCCACGACGAGAUCCGAUACCUCGUCAGAGACCACGACAAGUACCGCGCCGCGAUGGCGCUGCAGGUGGCCAACGUCUGGACCAGGGCCAUGUUUUCCCAGCAAGUGGGUAUUCACGACCUGCCGCAGUCGGUGGCGUACUUCUCUGCCAUUGACAUUGACCACGUUCUCCGCAAGGAGGUCGACAUGGACUGCAUCACGCCGAGCCACAAGACACCAAUUCCUCACGGAGAGAGUCUCGACAUCACCACGCUGCUUUCCAAGGGUGCCGAGGCCCGCCUCGAUCCUGCGAUCGUGCCCGACCCCUCCCAGGCGCCUAAAUUUGACGGAAUCGAGUACACGCCUCGCACGCCCGUCAUGGAUACGCUGGAGGACUCAGCGUCGGCCGAUCCCUUCUUCCUCAAGGCACAGAUUGUCAGCUCCGAAAUGGAGCUGAGCCAGGUGCUCAAGGACAGGAGACAGGCGCUCAAGGCGCAGGAAGAGAAGAAGCCCAAACCGCCCAGGACCAAGAAGGAGCGCAGCGUGUUGCCGUACCAUUCGGACGCGAAGCUUGUCCCGACGAUGACCGUAUCAGACGCGCUCGGACACAGGUUUUCGCGCUUCGACGGCAAGGGCAAGUGGACGACGUGGCAGAAGGACAAGGGCGUGGGCCGUUCGGGGCCCAGCUCCAGUUAUAAUGUAAGAUGA